GAAGCAGGCAUGCUGAGGGAGCGACUCGAGGCUAUACAGCUUCUUGACUACACGCUAUAUGUGCUCUUCGCAUAUGUCUGGCUGAUCGAUAGCAGUUUCAUCCUGUUGUUGCUUCGAAUGUUCACGCAAAUUCAACUAUGCUCUCCAUCCGCUGUGCACCCAUUCUUUACUCUACCAGUUUUCGGGUUGAUUCUGCUCUGGCUAACCCUCAUCUGUGUGUUCAGCCACACAUGGUGGGACAUGGGCCGUAUAGACCCCCCGAGCUUUUUUAUCGACUUUAUCGAUAGAGAUCACAACCUCAGUCGGAUUCAGCUAGUAUGCAUCGACCUGCUGAUCGCUUUCCUUCAGCUUUUGCUCGUGACGCUGGCUUUCGAGACGCAGAAGCGGCUCACUAGCGACGACCUGGACAAUUCAACGCGUCCGCAAGCCAGUCCGGGCAUUAUCGGUCACGUACCUCCAAGGCAAUCACGCGCAGGUUACACCUCGAUUGACGCGAUUUCAACGUCAGAGUUUGACGAGGGACAAGGCUGGCACAGACAAGAUGAAGAAGCGCUGGCAUUUACAGGGCAAUCAAGUGCAGGGCACGCGCUCGAGAGUCGGACUUCGCUCACACACCCUAUUGCGGUCUUCCGGGUCAUGCAAUUCCUGCAGGAUGUGUGGCGUACGUCUGCAGGAGCGGUGCCAUACGAUAGGCGCGCGGGUAGCGCAGAGGACAUACCUGAAGAUCCUCGAGAUCUACGCGAUAGAGAACGCGAACAGCUGCGUUCAGUCCCAACGCCAGGUGUCGUCAGAAGCGCUGGUCGAAGAAUACGGCCUGGAGUCUGGCUUCAAGACGCAAGGCAACAGAUGGCACGCUUUACCCCCAGCUGGACCGGACCUGAAUCUUCGGGCGGUUCCUACACUCGCAUCGCGCAGGAAGACGGGCAACAAGAACAGUAGCCUAGCUAUUUUUUGCACUGUAAAUCAUUCGCACUCAACAUAGGUGAUGAUAGCAGUGAAUCUAUAGCGAGGAUAGAAAACAUGCACGGACAGAGGUACCACAGCCGUGCAGCCCCUCAGAAAGCGCCCAAAGGCGAAAAAAGAAUGUUGGACGCCUUCAAAACGAUGACAUUCACAGCCGUGAAGCUCUGAAUCGCUCUG